AUGAACCUAUUGGAAAUACCUACUGAAUUAAUCCUGCUCAUUGCACUCUCCCUCCCUGAAAGCGCCCUCGCCCAUCUACUACAAGUUCAUCGCUCCCUUAACGAACUUCUCCUCCCACAUCUUUACCAGCGCCAUAUACGAGACAGUAGGCUUCAAGAAGGGCUCUUCUGGUGCACUGCCACAGGCAAUGAAGCAGCUGUCCGAAAAUUCCUUCACUACGGGGCAGACGUGAACGCCUCCAUGGGCAUAUAUCCAAUUCGUCAUGCAAAAAUACUUUUCCAGCCGUGGUUCGAUGUGCAGACACCCCUAAAUGUAGCAGCAAACAUAGGAAACGACACAUUAGUUGCCUUACUGCUAGACCAUGGGGCGAAUGUUCACGGGUCCCCUUCUCACUGGAGCACAACACAGCCGGCAGUAAUAGAUGCCCUAUUAUCGGGCCAUGAGAGCACGGUCCGGCUUUUAUUAUUGCAUGGGUCACCUAUCCACGAGCCUGGCAUGGAGCAAGGCGGGCUGGUCAACUGCGCAAUAUCCACGGGGCAAAUUUCUCUUCUCAAAUUGUUAGUUGAGUUCAAGGCAGAUCUCAAUAUACCCUGGCAGGGAAGGCAUCCUUUGAACAGAGCUGUAUCGUCUCGCAAUCUCUCAACAGAGAUAGUUCAGUUCCUGCUGGUUAAUGGCGCGGAUAUCGCUUUGGCGAAUCGUCAUCCUGGCCUCUUGUUAAACGAAGCAUAUCAUGGCACAAUUGAUACUUUGCGUCUAAUGCUUGACCUUGGAGCAACCUAUCCGCCAGAUGACUUUGAGAGAUGGUUUGGAAUAUUGGUUGGCAAUUGUGCAGUCGAGACGGUGCAUCUGUUGCUCGAAUACGGUUAUGGGCCGAAUACCGAGAUGCUGUCGAUUGCGAUAAGGGCUCAGCGGGGAGAUAUCCUGCAGCUCUUCAUUGAUAGUGGUGUGGAUCUAAAUAUGAGAGAUAAAAGAGGGUUGACUCUUCUCCACACGGCUAUCGUUCGCUGUGAACGCGCAGACCCGCGAAUUAGAAUCGGUGGCAGGAGCAUAGCAUGUUUCCGGCCAGGUAGAGAGAGUCUGAUACGUAAAAUAGAACCUGGUCCGCAGCGGGUCUCACCUACGUGUAUGAGUGACAAGGUUGAAAAGUACACCCCAAUGGAAAUCGUGCGCUGUCUGAUCCGCGGGGGCGCAGACCUCAAUGCCCAGGACGCGCAGGGGCACACCCCGCUGGCUUUCGCCAAAGGAUGUGCUCCGGCGAUACAGCAGAUGCUUGUCGAUGGUGGAGGUGGAUAG